GAGAGAGAGAGAGGCAGAGAGAAAGAGAGAGAAAUGCAGCAAACUCAACACUAGAAUAGCCCUUUCUCUCUCUAGAGCAAAACCCAUCUCUCCCCAUCACAUAUGACUGAAACAUCUCUUCCCUUGUAGAGAGAGCAUGUAGUCACUGCCGAAUGCAACGAAACCACCAUCAAAAGCGGACCACUUUUUCUCUCUAGAAAAGAACCCAUUUCUCCGUUUCCGAAAUGACAGAUACAGAGGUUCUCCCAUGGCUGAAAUCCCUCUCCCUUGCCCCCGAAUACCGACCCACCAUGGCCGAAUUCCAAGACCCAAUAGCCUACAUUUACAAGAUAGAGAAAGAAGCAAGCAGCUAUGGCAUCUGCAAAAUCAUACCCCCUCUGCCCCCUUCUCCCAAGAAAACAGCGAUUGCCAACCUCAACCAUAGCCUCUCUGCUCUCUCCCCCUCAUGCACCUUCUCAACUCGUCAACAACAGAUCGGAUUUUGCCCGAGAAAACCCAGGCCCUCUGCAACUGUAGUCCAAAAGCCAGUUUGGCAAAGUGGGGAAACCUAUACCCUAGAACAAUUCGAGGCCAAGGCCAAAGCCUUUGCGAAAUCUAGACUCAAAAACCCUAACUCUCGACCACUUGCCAUCGAGACCCAGUUUUGGAAGGCUACAGCUGAUAAACCCAUCACUGUGGAGUACGCAAAUGACAUGCCUGGUUCUGCUUUUGGUGAUCCUGUGGAGCAGGGAGUGAGGAGAGUUAUUGGUGAAUCAGAGUGGAAUAUGAAGGUGGUUUCGAGGGCAAAGGGUUCUGUGCUUAGGUUUAUGCCUGAGGAGAUACCUGGUGUGACCUCCCCAAUGGUGUAUGUUGCUAUGUUGUUCUCAUGGUUUGCUUGGCAUGUGGAGGACCACGAUCUCCAUAGCCUGAAUUACCUGCACCUUGGUUCUUCAAAGACAUGGUAUGGGGUCCCAAGAGAUGCUGCAUUCGCAUUUGAGGAGGUUAUUAGGGCGCAUGGCUAUGGUGGACAGGUCAAUCCACUUGUUGCUUUUGCUAUGCUGGGGGAAAAGACCACAGUCAUGUCUCCUCAAGUGCUAAUUGAUGCAGGUGUACCCUGCUGCAGGUUGGUGCAAAAUGCAGGGGAGUUUGUUGUCACUUUUCCAAGGGCGUACCAUUCAGGUUUCAGUCAUGGUUUCAACUGUGGAGAGGCAGCAAACAUUGCCACACCAGAAUGGCUGAGAGUGGCGAAAGAUGCGGCUAUUCGUAGGGCUUCUAUUAAUUAUCCACCCAUGGUGUCACAUAUCCAAUUGCUGCAUGCCCUUGCCUUGUCAUUCCAUUCAAGGAUACCCUCAAGCAUUACAGUUGAGCCCUGGAGCUCUAGAUUGAAAGAUAAGAUGAAGGGAGAAGGGGAAAUAGUGGUCAAGGAUCUCUUUCUUCAAAAUAUGAUUGAAACCAAUGACCUUCUUCAUACUCUUUCUGAAAAAGGAUCUAUGUGCCUACUGCUUCCACCAAGUAUUUUGUGCGAGACAUCUCAUGUAAAAUCAAAAACUGGGUUAUCGUCUAAUAACUCUGAGGAAAUGUCUGAGUCCUCCAACUUGGCCCUCAGACAUAUGACUGGAUUUGAUCCAAGAAAAGGAAAGGCUUAUCCUCUGAUUGAAGGAAAAAGAGUUACUUCUAUCAAAGCAAGGUUCCAUAAAGGAAACCAUGGUUCUUAUGCCCCAAUUAAUAGGAACGAAUGUUUAAAUGAUAGCACCUUGUCAUGUGAUCUUCAACUGGAUCAAGGCCUAUUAUCAUGUGUCACCUGUGGGGUUUUGGGGUUUGCUUGCAUGGCUGUGAUUCAGCCGUCAGAAGCAGCUGCUAGAAACCUACAGUCUGGUAAUUGUAGCUUUUUGAGCGAUCAAUGUGGUGGUUCUGGAUUAACAAGCGAUGCUUAUCCUACAGCUGAAGGAAAUGCCAAUGAUUCUGAUCUAAAUUCAUGCUCAGGAUAUACAAAAACAGAUGAGAGAGAUGAUCAGGAUGACUCUCAAAUAUACUCUACCUCUCAUCAAGACUGUAAUCCACCUCUCAUCAAGGAUGAGAAAGAUGGUCAGAAUGCAUAUCCGAGGACCCUAGAAAAAUCUGAUCCUUCAACAGCCGAUCAUAACAUCUCUUCACUUGCCCUUUUGGCCAGUGCUUACGGAAAUGCAUCAGAUUCUGAGGAAGACGAAGCUAUUCAACACGAUAUUACUAUGCAUACGAAUGAAGUUAGUCCUAUAGACACAUCAAUAGCAUGCAUUGGGACUCAACAAUCAAUGCCUGUGUGUGCUUAUCUCCCUCCAAUUCUCAGGUCUAAGGAUGAACUUCAAUGUGGCGACUCUGUAUUACUAUGCUCCAGUUCACCGCAUCAAAAUGAGGCUGCCAAUAUAAUCAAUCACCCUAUAACAAAUUCAUUAUCUGGAAAUGAAGUUGCAGCACAAACUUCUAGUUCCUUUCACAUUACUAACAAGUUCUCUGAGAACUCGAGUGCUAAAAAUAAUAACAAUAUUCCACUUAGUAGAACUCCUAAUGUCUAUCAGAGACGCACUGAACUCGUACAUCCAGACUGUAUGCCUUCAAAUUGUAAUGUUCCUUUUGAACAAUUGGGUUGUGUUUCAAAUGGCGGCCCUACUGAAAAUGUUAAUGAAACAGCAAUUGUAAAUUGCAUAGACACCGUUAGAAACAAUAGAAACAAUUCUGAAUGGCAGGAUAUUGACAAAGAUUCUUCAAGAAUGCAUAUAUUUUGUCUAGAGCAUGCCAUGGAGGCUGAAAAGCAGCUUCAACUUAUGGGUGGUGCCAACAUUUUGCUUUUGUGUCAUUCAGACUAUCCCAAAAUAGAAGAGAAAGCUAAAUCCAUAGCAGAAGAAAUGGGAGUCAUCCAUUCUUGGAAUGGAAUUGUGUUCAAGGAGGCGAGCCUCGAGGAUCUAGAACGGCUUCGAGUUGUUCUCGAGGAAGAAGACGAUGAAACAAGUCAUGGAAAUGGAGAUUGGGCUGUAAAGUUGGGGGUCAACCUCUAUCACACAUCAAACCUGAGCAGGUCUCCUCUCUAUAGCAAGCAAAUGCCAUACAAUUCUGUCUUGUAUGAAGUCCUUGGAUGUAAUUCCCCGGAUGACUCCUCACCCCCUGGUCCAAGGCCCAGAGGCAGGUAUGCAAGGCAGAAGAAGAUAGUUGUGGCUGGAAAAUGGUGUGGAAAAGUGUGGAUGGUGAACCAGGUGCACCCAUAUCUCAGCAAUGGUAAACAUCUUAAAGAACAGCAUGUUGUGUUAACGACUAAAGAGCUCGAGAACGACAGCAAGCCUGGAGAGAGAAACCUCGAUCCUAAUCAAGCUCAGAAGUCUAGAGAGGACGUUUCGGAACCUGAUGAGGCUGGGACAUCUCGAGACAGUGAUCCCGAAGCUGUAAAAGCCAGUGGGUCUCUAGAGAGAGUAUCAAGCCUGGAUGCUUCCUUGAAGAGGAAGAGAUUCACAAAGAGGAGAAUGUCAUUGAGACGGGUUUGCAGCAAGAGGCCUAAGUUCUGUGAAUGGGGAGCUGCCGGGAUGGAAGGCAUCGACCCGGCUUCUGAGGAGCAUGAUGAAAUUGGCAAAGAGCCUAGGGAGGGAGAGACACCUAGGAGUGCCAUGAAGAAAUGGAACCAACUUGACGUAAGCCCAAAGGGGGAAGCAGAUGAAGGUGGCCCAAGCACCAGGCUGAGGCAGCGGCCCCGGAAGCCCCAGCCAACAAGCAAUGACGAAACUGAAGUCCCAUACAAGCGAUGUGUGCGAAAGAAGAGGGAGAAGAAGAUACCAGAGAGUGGGAACAAAGAGGCGAGAGAAAUAAAGGCCCCAGGAGAUGAGGAUGCAUACCAAUGCGACAUAGAUGGGUGCUCAAUGGGGUUUGGGACGAAGCAAGAACUCGUAAUACACAAGCGGAACCAAUGCGCUGUGAAAGGGUGUGGAAAGAAGUUCUUCUCUCACAAGUAUCUACUACAACACCGGCGCGUUCACUUGGAUGAUAGGCCGCUCAAGUGCCCAUGGAAAGGGUGCAAGAUGACUUUCAAAUGGGCAUGGGCUCGCACGGAACACAUACGAGUGCACACAGGGGACCGGCCCUACGUGUGUAAAGAUAAUGGGUGUGGUCGAACCUUCCGAUUCGUGUCUGAUUUCAGUCGCCACAAACGCAAAACUGGACAUUUUGGCAAAUGACAAUGGUGAGUUUCCUUUAAUUUUCUUGGGUAUUAAUGGUUUUUCCUUGUGGGUUUUGGGGGUGAUGGGCCGUAAGGGGUAGUGCAAAUGGAUUUUCAGUUUUAAAGAUGGAUGGGGAGAGGGGGGGGAUUCAUAAACUGUCAUUUUUAUGUAUUUGAACAAUUGAGACCUUCGAUUCGAUUACUUGACAAAGUGAUUUAAGCCAU